CAUGCAGGGGCGGGGAGGUAGGCAGGCGGGCGCAGAGAUAAAGAGGGCCUCACAUGCGCGUUCCCCUGCUACCCCGCAGGUAACAUGAGCCCCCACGCUCGGGCCGGGGCCGCCCCGCUGCGGCUGACUCUGCCCCUGCUGUGCCUGCUGUGCCUGCUGGGCGGCCGCUGCUUGCGCGCUGAUCCCGGGGAUGGCGCGCAGACUUGGGUCCGCUUCAGCCGCGCUCCGUCGCCCGAGGCCGCGGGCUUCCUCCACGACACCUUCCCCGACGGCUUCCUCUGGUCGGUGGGCAGUGCUGCCUACCAGACGGAGGGCGGCUGGAGGCAGCAUGGCAAGGGCGCCUCCAUCUGGGACACCUUCACCCACCGCCCCGCUGCGCCCCCAGGGGACCUCCCAGCCCCGUCCCACUCCUGGUCCUCGCAGCCUUCUUUGCCGCCGGCUCCGCCCCGUCCCGCCACGGGGGACGUGGCUGGUGACAGUUACAACCAUAUCUUCCGCGACACCGAGGGGCUGCGCGAGCUCGGGGUCACCCACUACCGCUUCUCCAUCUCGUGGGCUCGCGUGCUGCCCGGCGGGGGCGGCGUGGGCGCGGGGCACCCUAAUCUCGAGGGGCUGCACUAUUACCGGCGCCUGCUGGAGCGGCUGCGCGAACUCCGCGUGGAGCCCGUGGUCACCUUGUACCACUGGGACCUGCCCCAGCGCCUGCAGGACAUUUACGGAGGCUGGGCCAACCGCACCGUGGCCGACCUCUUCAGGGACUAUGCCGAGCUCUGCUUCCGUCACUUCGGCGGUCAGGUCAAGUACUGGAUCACCAUCGACAACCCCUACGUGGUGGCCUGGCACGGCUAUGCCACGGGGAGGCUUGCCCCGGGUGUGCGGGGCAACCGGCGGCUCGGCUACCAGGUGGCCCACAACCUGCUCCUGGCCCAUGCUAAAGUCUGGCAUCUCUACAACACAUCUUUUCGUUCAACUCAAGGAGGACAAGUGUCUAUUGCACUUAGUUCCCACUGGAUCAGUCCCCGAAGGAUGACUGAACAUGACUUAAAAGAAUGUCAAAAAUCUCUUGACUUUGUAUUGGGCUGGUUUGCUAAACCGAUUUUCAUUGAUGGUGACUACCCUCAAAGCAUGAAGGAAAACCUUUCAUCUCUUUUGCCAAAUUUUACUGAAUCUGAGAAAAAUUUCAUCAAGGGAACAGCUGACUUUUUUGCACUUUCCUUUGGACCAACCCUGAGUUUUCAGCUCUUGGACCCUCAUAUGAAGUUUCGUCAAUUGGAGUCACCAAGUCUGAGGCAGCUCCUUUCCUGGAUAGACCUUGAAUAUAACCAUCCUCAGAUUUUCAUUGUGGAGAAUGGCUGGUUUGUUUCAGGCACCACCAAGAGGGAUGAUGCCAAGUAUAUGUAUUACCUCAAAAAGUUCAUUAUGGAAACUUUAAAAGCCAUCAAAUAUGAUGGAGUCGAAGUCAUUGGUUAUACUGUUUGGUCCCUCAUGGAUGGCUUUGAAUGGCACAGAGGAUACAGCAUUAGACGUGGAUUAUUUUACAUAGAUUUCCUAAGUCAUGAUAAGAAGCUGCUGCCAAAGUCUUCAGCCUUGUUUUACCAAAAGCUGAUAGAAAGAAAUGGCUUCCCUUCUUUACCAGAAAAUCUACCAAUAGAAGGGACAUUUCCUUGUGGCUUUGCUUGGGGAGUUGUUGACAACUACAUUCAAGUAGAUACAACUCCUUCCCAGUUUAAUGAUCCAAAUAUUUAUGUCUGGGAUAUCCAUCAGAGUAAAAAGCUUAUUAAAGUUGAUGGGGUUGUGACUUCAAAAAGGAAGCCUCAUUGUGUGGAUUUUGCUGCUAUCAGGCUCCAGAUUUCUCUGCUUCGGGAAAUACAUGUAACUCAUUUUUACUUCUCACUGAAGUGGGCCCAGAUUCUUCCUUUGGGGAACCAAUCUCAAGUCAAUCAUACAAUCUUACAUUAUUAUCGCUGCUUUGUAAGUGAACUCGUCCGUGUCAACAUAACACCUGUUGUUGCAUUAUGGCAACCAGACCCUGAGCAUCAAGGCCUUCCCCUUCUUUUAGCCAAACAUGGAGCCUGGGAGAACCCCCUAAUUGUCAAUUCUUUUGAAGAAUAUGCUAGGCUGUGUUUUAAAGAACUUGGUCAGUUUGUUAAGUUUUGGAUUACAAUGAAUGAACCUCAUAUACAGAAUAUGACAUACAAUGCAGGACAUAAUCUUUUGAAGGCCCACGCACAAGCUUGGCAUGUGUAUGACCAACAUUUUAGAAGAUCUCAGAAAGGUAAAAUAUCGAUAGCCUUACAGGCUGAUUGGGUAGAGCCAGCCUGCCCUUUCUCACAAAAAGAUAAAGAAGUAGCUGAGAGAGUCUUGGAAUUUGACAUUGGCUGGCUUGCUGAGCCCAUUUUUGGCAAUGGGGACUAUCCACAUGUUAUGAGAGAGUGGCUGAACCAAAGAAACAAUUUCUUUUUGCCUUAUUUCACUGAAAGUGAAAAGAAGCUAAUCCAGGGAUCGUUUGAUUUUCUUGCUUUAAGUCAUUACACCACUAUCCUUGUGGACUGGGAAAAAGAGGAUCCGGCAAAAUAUAAUGACUAUCUGGAAGUACAAGAAAUGACAGACAGCACAUGGCUAAACUCCCCAAGUAGGGUGGCUGUGGUGCCCUGGGGAUUACGCAAGGUACUUAACUGGUUUAAGUCCAAAUAUGGAGACAUCCCUGUGUACGUACUAGCUAAUGGAAUUGAUGAUGAUCCACAUGUGAUGCAAGACAAGAUGAGGAUGUAUUAUAUACAGAAUUAUGUCAAUGAAGCUUUAAAAGCUCAUGCAUUGGAUGGUCUCAGACUUUACGGAUACUUUGUUUAUUCAUUUAAUGACCGAACUGCUCCAAAAUUUGGCCUCUACCGUUAUGCUGCAAAUCAGUUUGAGCCAAAACCUUCAAUGAAUCAUUACAGGAAGAUUAUUGACAACAAUGGUUUUCCUGGACCUGAAACUCCGAGGAGAUUUUGUCCAGAAGAAUUCAUCCUAUGCCCUGAAUGUAAUUUUUUUCAAACUCGAAAGUCUUUAUUAGCAUUUAUAGCUUUUCUAUUUUUUGCAUUUGUUGCCACUAUUUCCUUAAUUUUUUACUACUCUAGGAGAAGUUAAAGGAAGUAGAAAGAGUUCUGGACUUUUCUUUUUCCAGUCAUCCUUUUGGUAGUUCCAAAGAAAUUAUGCACAGUAUUUGCUGUUAUGUUUGGGGCCAUUUGCAUGCCCAAAUAUUGUGAAACUGUAGAUUUCACACAUGACUUCUACAGUAAAACAUCUUUUUUCUGCUGUGUAACAAAAUUUUUUUAACAGAUUGUUUUCAAAUUUUCAAAUUUGAAUAUCCCUAUUGAAAUUCAGUAAUUGGACAACCUUUUUUCCUUUGGAUAAAAUCUGAAAUGUAAAUAAAAAAUAGAGACAAUUGAAUCUACUAAAAUCAGUAUAAUAUUUUUUAAAUGCAUAAAUUAGGGGAAAACAUAAAUACAAUGUGCUCUCAGCAAUAGAAUGGUAGCUUUUCAUUAGAAACAUUGUAUCUAUCAUCCCUAUUCCUGAAUGGGACUAUUCCUACUGAAGAAAAAUCAGAAGCAUUCUGAUGAAGAGACUGGCACCAAAUGGCUUGACCCUGGCUCAGCACCACAAUAUAUCAUGGCAUAGACCUCUUGGCUGAUCUGAAAGCUUUCCAUGGAAAAAAUUGAUAGGAAAAUAUAGAACAUUGGGGAAAUAAAAGUGCCUAAAAAUCUGAAAAACAUGCAGUGUAUUCUGAAGUACUACUGACAGUUACAAAGCUGAUAUUUGUUUUAUUGAAGAGAGUCAAGUCUUAGCCUGCUUUUAAUAGGGAAGGCACAUGAAACAUAGUGUAUGAAGUGUAAAUGUGUCACAGCCUGGGAAAAGAGAAUGGGGAGAAAAAGUGUAUCUAUCAAUCAUUAGUUUUAGGUCUGAGGUUCGCAGCAGAUGAUUUAUUAUAAAUUUCUCAUAUUUACAUCAUAUAUGCAGGCCUUGAAAUGUGGGCUUGCUUGCUUGCAAGGAGGAAGAAUGUGAAGAUUAUUCCAAGUUUCAAAGAGCAACUCAGAAUCAGUUUUAUGCAGGCACCAUAAUUUGGAUAUUUGGUGUAAAUAUUUAAGCAGCACAUAACUAAAUAGGCCUGAUAUUAAGACACUGGAAAACUGAACACAAAGGUGUUGGGAGAUAUAGACAGCUAUAAAUAUAUAUAGAUAUCUAUGUAUGUAUAUAUAUAUAUAUAUAUAAAAGAUAUACUAUACGAUAUAUGUUAUAUAUUAUGUUUUUGCUGCUAAUCAUAUGGAACUAAUCUUUAAUUAUUUGUUGGUUCCUGACAAUGAAAAUUUUCAGCGAAUCCUAGAGAUGAAUUUGGACUCUUCUCCAUCCUUUAUUAUCUCUUAAGUAGGACAUUUUAAUUUUGUUACUAUUUCACAGGAAUACAAUGGAAUAUCUUAUUUUAAUUGUGUUGGACAAUGUCUGACCUUGUAUAUAGGUCACCUGAGUUAUGUCAUGUUUGUAUUCUAUUAAGCAAAUUUUUAGGAACAUUAUUUGACUUUCAGUAUAACUGAAUCUAUGUAAUAAUUAGCUGUUAUACAGAAUUCUGCUGUAUUAUAAAAUCUGGCAUCAUGUACUAUUCCAUGGAAGCUGUUUCCCUAAUAGAGAUACAGAUAGGGAUGGAAUUUGGAUUUCAUUGGUAUGGGGAUGGUUGUAUAUAUCAGCUCUCUCCUUCAAUGCAGAUGGGCAACUGAGAGCAUUAGAUUGUUGCCCAGAGCAUUGAGGAGUGCUCAGGGUUACAUAAAAGGACUUGUGUGCAUCAGAAACAGGACUUGAACCUAGUUCUUCCUGCUUCCAGGACAGCUCUGCCUAUUAGACACACUGCCCCUUGGGAUAUACAGAUUUGAGAAUUAUCUGCAGAGAGAGCCUAGUUAAAGUCAUUGAAGUGAAUGAAACACUAAGAUUAGAAAUGUAGAGGGAAAAAGGAAGGAACCUUGAAAAACACCCACCCUAAGAUGUUAGGGAGAAGAAGAGGAAACUGAGAAGAAGCCAUUAUAGAAGUUGGUUUUUUAUACUGAAAAGCAAAUGGUAACAUUUUAAAAUGUUUUCCUUAGGCUUAAGCCUUAGGAGACCUAGAAAUUUAAGAAUCCUUAAAAGCCCUCUUAAAGGUCCUUGAAAUCUGUUCUGUGUAGAUUGGCAAACACAAGGAUAAAAAUUUAUGUACUAGCUUUUAAAAGGAUUAGUCAGAAUCAAAGAAAGAAUUAAACUUUCAGUUCAUUAUUAUUUUUUCCUUUUACUCCCCUAAAAAGUAAAAUUGUUCUUUCACUCAUUGUUUCUUCAUAAAUCACAAAUAGAAAGCACAGAAGAUACAUUUUACUUGAAUUGCAUUAUUAUUAAGGGUGUGCACAAGUAAGAUCACAGGUUCACCCCUGCCCUCCUAUAACUUUUAUCCUUUCAUUUCCAUUCAAUACAGAAAAUCAUUCUGACUAAAGAAUGCAUGGGAUUUCAAAAGGCUGACUCCACAGUGACGGUCAUAAAAUAUGAUUACUAUAGUACCUCCUCAUCAUGAUCUCUGGCCUCUUAAUUCCUCCCAAUUCUCCCACUGCAUCUCUCUCAUGAAGGUUUCUUUUACCACCAUAGCCAUAGCCUCAUGAUCUGUCACUUUAUUGAUUUGCUAACUAUCCCCUCUCUGACCUUCCACUAAUACCAGCCUACUAGUUCUCAAUUUUAGGUAACCCCCAUUAACUGUUUUCUUUGCUUAUGCUGGUGAAAAUAGAAUUAUGCUUAUUUCACACACUAUAAAUUUGUUGUAUUACCUAAACUGGGCCCUUACCACUGCUUGGCAAUGUCUAUUCUACACUUAGAUUUUCCUUCUUUUAUUUCCUAUGAUAACUGAUAAAAAUUUUUACUUUCUCAAGCACCCAACUGUACUCCUACACCCUCCCCCAUUUACAAUGUUGACCAUCCACUUUUCUGAAAAGCUUGAAGCCAUCCUGCUUGAACACUUUUAGCUUUUCAACUCAGCUUCCCAAACUAUUCAGCAUCACCACCCAUUCUCUCCUCCUUUUCUCUUGUCUCAGAGGAAGAAAUCUUCCUUCUACUUUACAGGUUUUAUCCAAAUGCUUUAAGCUUGAGUGAACCAUUCUCUUGAUUCAUAUAUCUUCAUUCUUUCUAUAUUGGGUGGCUUCUCUCCAGUUGCCUACAAACAUGUUCAGCUUAUCCUAAUCUUUAUUCUUCAUUCUUUCUUCUUCAUCUAGCUACCGGUUCUUCUUUUUCUUUUCCUUUCCUUCUUCAAAGUUCUUGAAAGUUUUUCUGAUCCUUCAACUUUCUUACCAUCCACUCUCUCCUCAAUCUGCUGCAAUGGCUUCUGAUCCUACCAUCUACUGAAACUGUUCUCUCAAAGGUCACCAUUGACUAUUUUUCAUCAAAUCCAAUGGUGUUUUCUCAGGUUUUCUACUCUUUGAUCUUUGUGCAGCUUUUGGCAUUGUUAAUUACUACUCUUUCUACACACUAUCUCAUCUUUAAUAAGAGAAUCAUUUAAUAUCCAGAAUCGCAAAAUACAACGGCUCUAAGACAUUGCCUUUUCCUGGUUCUCCUACAUCUAGAAAGCUCCUUUUGUCUCUUUCCCCAGCCCAUCAUGCCCAUGUCCCUGUGCUUCAGGCAAAGUGGGAUAUUCACUAUUCUUCAUACGUGUUCCCUAUCUUUUUGCUUCCAUGUCUUUUCUCACAUGUUCCUAUGCCAAGAAUGCCUUCUUCUCUUACUUGUUAAAGUACCACCCUUCUUUUAAAGCAUAGCUCAGAGGCUACCUCCUUCCUGAAGCUUUCCUUUCCAAACCUUCACCUGACAGUAAUGCUGUUUCUACCUUCAGACUACUCACAGCACUUUGAACCACUUCUAUACACUUACGUAUUAUAGUUUUUAUUUGUGGCUGUGUCAUAUUCUCCUAUUAGACUGAAAAUUCCACAUGAGUAGGGACUUUCUUAUCAAACCUUUGUAUCUUCGUAGUAACAACACAGUUUUUGGUACAUAGUAGAUGCUUAAUAUUGAAAUGAGAUUAGAAAUGGUAUUUAUAUAUAGGCAAUGAAUAUUCAGAUAAAUAUGGAAAUAUGAAUAUAUUGUCUUUAAGGGAAAAAAACCAAAAGUAUUAUCAUACUGACUCAUCUAUUAGCCUAUCAGUUUCAGAAUUAUGUUAGCUCCCUUUUUUGCAAAUAAAAUACAGUAUACAUUGAUAAUGAAAAACCAAAUUAUGUUUAGAACAGAUUAGCAUUGACUUCAUUUUGUUAUAAAAGUUAUUGUGUUAAGUUAUUGCUCCUUUCUUCCUAUGAUACUAUAUGUUUUAGCCGGACCCAUUAACGAAGAUUCACCUUGAAUAUUCAGGGAAGUAAUGUUGAGCCUUGGCAAAAGUAUUGUAAUAAGCUACCAACUUCUUUCUUCUUACUUUACGACUACCAAUGCUUGAAAAAUUCUGCUUAGUGACCAAAUUUCUUACCAAUAAGUUUAGCCAUGUGGAAUAAGAAGAACAUUAUUGAGCAGAGGAGAGGAGGAGCAUGAAAUCUAAGCUAAGCUGUGGUUGGGAGGUCAUAACUUCAGGGAAAGAAAGACAUUAAUUUCCAAAGUCAAAGAGAAAGGUCAAAGUGCUGAAAAACAAAAGCAAUUCAAACAUAUUGGCUGACUGGGCCUGGAUAAGAUGCUGACUUCAUUGCUUGAGGACCUACCACAAUUGAUGAAAGAAGAGAUCUAUUAAAUUAUUGAAAUCUCAGUCAUAACUAAAACAUCAUGUGAAUUCUGUGGUUCUGUGGGAAAAAAAAUUCCAAGAUCAUUUCUUGCCUCCAAGAGCUAAGGGGUCUGCUGUCCUUAUGAAGGCAGUUCAAGGGAAAGGAGAGUAUGAAUUCAUAGUAGUUCACACCAGGGACCAAAGUAAUUCUCCACUUCUGACUGUUGAUUACUGGGAUUAACUUGGUGACUGGGACUAGACCAGGGGUGGGGAACCUGCAGCCUGGAGGCACAUGUGGCCCUCUAGGUCCCCAAGUGCAGUCCUUGGUUCUCUACUCCUAGGCAAAUCUAUUCAUGUCUAUUCGUCAAAUCAAAUGUUCUAGGAGUUUUUGCUGGAUAAUAAUAUAGUUAAUAUUUUAUUCAAAAGUAAUUAAACUGUUUUUCUUUAAAAAUAAAAUAUAUUUCAAACUUUUGUAAGUAAAUGAAGUUUGAGACAGCAACUGACUUGAAAGGAAAGAGGAUGAUAGACAUCACUGACCAUGUCUGAUGGGAAAAUAUUAACAUCUAUCUAAAGUUGGAGUGACUAAUUUAUUGGUAACAUUGACCAGCUAGAUUCAAUAAGUGAGGACGUUAUAGAUUUCAUAUACUUGUAAUUUCUUCCUCUUCACAGAACUCAGUUACAAGAAAGAAAAACAAUGAAAUAAAGAAUAGUUUUGUUUAUAUGGAAGGGAUUCAGGAAACCUUUCUCUGGUAAUAUGUCUCAUCUUGCAUUUAGACACCGAGAAAUAAAAAUGGAGAAAAAGUCAAA